AUGGUGCCACGUGGAGCACACAGUGAUCGAGUCCCAGGCAUCAGUGAAGAUCCUGUGGAUAACAUGGACACUCAUAUUUAUGACCUUCUUAUUUUCCAGCACCUCCCAGAUGGCUCUGCCCCAAGUGCACACGCUGAAUUUUAUCUUCUGCCAGAUCCUUAUGAGGUCAGUCGAAGGAAAACAAGAACAGCUCCAAGAGGCUCUGACCCUACUUACAAUGAACUUGCCGCGGAAGGAGCAGCGUUAACUGGCGCCCAACGUGGGGCCUCUGCAGCCUGUGGAGACCCCCGGAGGAGUCGACCCUGUGGAUUACAAAGACUUGUGGGCGGCAGUUACCCCGGUUGUAGCAGGUCGGUUUUUGUCCGGCGGCACUCCCGGGGAAGAAGCGACAACCUCCGGUGUGCAGGAGACCGCUUCUGGGGCUCGGACGCCUUCCACAGCCCAAGUCAGGACCUGGAACAGAUAGAGAGGCAGGUUGACAGACCUGAGCUGCAGGAGCAGCUUAUCCUGGAGAUGGCAAAGACAAAUUGUAAUGACAUUUGUAAACAAGUUAUUUUCAGCCUGCCUUUGUAUCCACCGCCAACCUUGGAUGUCCUCAUUGAUGCAUGCGAGAAGAAAGUGCCAUUAGUGGGGACGUCCAGGGCGCCAUCUCUACCACCGGCGGCCACGAGACCACCGACUGCAGCAAUAGCCCAGCACCCGCCAGGCCAACCUCCACCACUGUCUGGAAAACCUCUGCAGUGCUAUCGCUGUGGGCAGCUGGGGCAUAUGACCAGGGAUUGCCCUGCCGCGCAUCCCUGCCCUGGACCUGCGAGGGGCAAUAUGGGGGGAAAAGGGGGAGAGGGAGUCUUUAAUAAAAAAAACUAAAAGCGCGGCGCGAACCUGCCCCGCGUGAAGCAACAAAUGGGGCAGGUAUCGCGGUGGGGGGGAAAAACACCAACCGGACAUGGCCUAUUCACUGGACGAGACACUUGGUAACGACACGAGACAUCCUCUUCCGGUCCCAGCACUGGACAGUAGUAGCUGUGGACCCGCUGGAGGAAAAGACAAUGGACACCGGACGUGACAGUAAGUACAUCGCCAUCGGGGACACCAAGCACACCCCUCCGGAGAUUGAGAUUUCUCCGAUCACCUUUCCGGGUGGUCCGGAGAACCUCAUAAAAGUAUUACCUCUAUUGAGGCUCAUCACAGGUAAAGUGUA